ACCUCCAGAUCACUGGUCAUUUCAAACACAAUGUGUCGUUGCUAGUUUUGUAGUUAUUCCAACCAUCAUCCAACAAGCCAGAAUAGAACACAAAAACAAUUGUUUCCCCUACUGGCAUAAACAAAUACACGCGCGCAUACACAUAUAUACAUACACACUUUACCUGUGCGAUAGUUUCUUGUGUUAUUUUCGUAUUUAUUUAUUUUUUUACUGAUUUGAAUUUGGUGCGCGAACAACCCCGAAUAAUCGUCCAGAAUUCGCGUGUGGUUUUGUGAUGCUACUUGGAGCCAUGCCCGAAGAAAGUGCCGCAGCGCUUCUUGUGCCGACGGCGAAAACCCGUGCCACCGACUUCUCCAUAGCCGCGAUCAUGGCCAGGGACACGAACUCUCCGGAGGCCUGUUCCGCUACCCCCGACGGUCGCCUCUCCCGCAUGAGCACACCCAGCCUGGAAGUGCCAGAGGACGACGACAUCGAGGUAGAUGUGGAGGAGUGUUCCGACGGUGAAUCCUCUUCUCCUCGACCUACCAAAAUCAAACAGAUCCGACGAUCUCCGGUCUCUGAUUGCGGUUCCGAGGCAGACAGGGACUCCCCGGACAUCAUCCCCGACAAAUCGGCUAGCCCCAAGGUGCCGAAGAUCUGCUGCAACUGCGACGAGCUGCUCAACGUGGAGUGCCACUUGGAAACCAAGGACCUCUGGGACAAAUUCCACGACCUCGGCACCGAGAUGAUCAUCACAAAAACUGGAAGGCGGAUGUUUCCGACAUUGAGGGUAUCUUUCACUGGGAUCAGGCCGGAUCAGAGGUACGCCGUGCUCUUGGACAUCGUACCAGUGGAUAACAAGAGGUACAGAUACGCGUACCACAGAUCCUCAUGGUUGGUAGCAGGAAAGGCCGAUCCGCCUGCACCCAGCAGGAUGUACGCUCAUCCAGAUUCCCCGUACUCCGGGGAGCAGCUCAGGAAGCAAGUGGUCUCCUUCGAGAAGGUCAAGUUGACCAACAACGAGAUGGAUAAAAAUGGACAGAUUGUCCUCAACUCCAUGCACCGCUACCAGCCCAGAAUUCACCUGAUCAAAUGGCGCGAUCACAGUGGACCAGUCACCGAUCUUGAACAGGAGCAGUACCGCACUUACAUCUUCCCAGAAACCGUAUUCACUGCGGUCACAGCCUACCAGAACCAACUCAUCACCAAGUUGAAAAUCGACUCGAAUCCUUUCGCGAAAGGCUUCAGAGACUCGUCCCGACUAACCGAUUUCGAAAGAGAACCAAUGGAUAGUUUAUUUAUGGAUCAGCACUUCCUGCGCUCAUCUCUGCGGCUGUACUCCGGCAACGAAUCGCUCGACGCCGAAAACAACAACGCCGGUUCUUUAUUCUCCGCAGCGAUGAUGGAGAAAGCACGGGCUCACAUCCAGAUGUGGGGAAGGGCAGCGGCAACCGGCGGCGGAGGUGGACACCCUUACAAUCCCAGCGAGUUGCACGCUUUUCUCCUGAGCGGAUCACCAACUCAACAAGUGUACCUGGGCCAGAGAUCCGGUGUUCCUCUGGGUCUGCCAAGUCAACUGUGGAGUCAGGGAUCGUCCUGGCAGUCACCGAUGCACGGCGGUCUCCCGCCAGGUCUCUUGGGACCACCGGCUCCGCACCGCCACCAGAUCACUCCCCCGCCGCCUCCGCCAUCCUCGACACCAAGUUCCUCUGGCUCACCGAGCCCCACUUCCAUUAACUCUUCCUCAGAUCUUAGAUUACCGAAAGCAAUGUUCCCGUCGAUGCAUCGCUUCAGUCCGUACGGCUCGAGACCCAGCAACCCCUCAAUCAGCCCCAUCACGCGUUCUUCGCAAUGAUGGACAACCGAUACGGACAGCAAGUGUUAUUAUCUGGGUGAAGCCAAAUAAGUUAAAGCAAACCAAAGAAUUAAAUAAAGAGUCUUCUUAAAAGACCAAAAUGUAAUCGAGAUAAUGUAAAUAGCAAGUUUAUAGAUAGAAAAAAAACUAUAAUUUAUUAAAUUAAUUAGGAAACAAGAAGACAGAAAAAAAUGGAAGAAAACAAGAAAUAUGAAUCGUGUAGAAUAUAACUGGUUAUUGUAUUUAUGUAUGUGGUAUAUUUUGUACGAAGUAUUAGAAUUUUAUGGCAGUAUUACUCCAUACUAGAAAAGCCUGUAUAUAUUGAAAAAAAAAAACAUUUAUUGGAUGAUUUCUUUUUUGUAAACGAGUGUUUAUUUCCCGUUCCUUUCUCCUACAUUCGUCGAAGAAGAGUGCAGAACCCUAUUAGUAUAUAAAA